AUGACAGAUAUUUUUUACCCUUUGCAGGUUUAUCCUCCUUUCAGCAUUUUUUUUUAUGACAGAUUCUUUUACCCUCUGCAGGUUUAUCCUCCUUUCCAUAUUUUUUUUUUUUAUGACAGAUUCUUUUACCCUCUGCAGAUUCUUUUCACCCUUUGCAGGUUUAUCCUCCUUUCAAAAAACCUUCCAUUUUUCUUUUUUUAUGACAGAUUCUUUUACCUUUUUUCUGCAGAUUUAUCCUCCUUUCAGAUUUAUUUUUUUUUUAUGACAGAUUCUUUUUUUUUACCCUUUGCAGAUUCUUUCAAAACCCUCUGCAGGUUUAUCCUCCUUUCAGCAUUUUUUUCUUUUUAUGACAGAUUCUUUUACCCUUUAUGCAGGUUUAUCCUCCUUUCAGAUUUAUCCUUUUCUUUUUAUGACAGAUUCUUUUACCCUCUGCAGGUUUAUCCUCCUUUCAGCAUUUUUCUUUUUAUGACAGAUUUUUUCACCCUUUGCAGAUUCUUUCACCCUUUGCAGGUUUAUCCUCCUUUCAGCAUUUUUUUUUUUUUUAUGACAGAUUCUUUUACCCUCUGCAGGUUUAUCCUCCUUUCAGCAUUUUUUUCUUUUUAUGACAGAUUCUUUCACCCUCUGCAGGUUUAUCCUCCUUUCAGCAUUUUUCUUUUUUUUACCCUCUGCAGGUUUAUCCUCCUUUCAGCAUUUUUUUUUUUUUAUGACAGAUUCUUUCACCCUUUGCAGGUUUAUCCUCCUUUUCAGCCUCUUUCCUUUUUUAUGACAGAUUCUUUUACCCUCUGCAGAUUCUUUUACCCUCUGCAGGUUUAUCCUCCUUUCAGCAUUUUUUUUUUUUAUGACAGAUUCUUUUUCAUACCCUUUGCAGAUUCUUUUACCCUCUGCAGGUUUAUCCUUUUCCUUUCAGCAUUUUUUCUUUUUAUGACAGAUUCUUUCACCCUUUGCAGGUUUAUCCUCCUUUCAGCCUUUUUUCUUUUUUAUGACAGAUUCUUUACACUGUUUAUUUUUUUUUCUUUUUAUGACAGAUUCUUUUACCCUCUGCAGAUUCUUUUACCCUCUGCAGGUUUAUCCUCCUUUCAGCAUUUUUUCUUUUUUAUGACAGAUUCUUUCACCCUUUGCAGGUUUAUCCUCCUUUCAGAAAGCCUUUUUUCUUUUUAUGACAGAUUUUUUACCCUCUGCAGGUUUAUCCUCCUUUCAGCAUUUUCUUUUAUGACAGAUUCUUUCUGUAUUUGCAGGUUUAUCCUCCUUUCAGCAUUUUUUUUUUUUUAUGACAGAUUCUUUCACCCUUUUCAGGUUUCCUCCUUUCUUUUCCUUUUGAUUUUUUCUUUUUUCAGGUUUAUCCUGUAUUUUUUUUUUUUUGACAGAUUCUUUCUUCCCUUUGCAGGUUUAUCCUCCUUUCAGCCUCUUUUCUUUUUAUGA